CGCCGUUUUUGUAAAAGUCGCAGUAGGUUUUGCGCUCUGCGUAUUGAAAAGUCACUGAUUCAGUACUGUCAUUUGAUAUUCAUUCGAAUUAUUUUAAAUAUCAAUCUCUUCUAGAGUUAAAAUGGAAACCGAAGAGGAAUUAAAAGGCUACCGGUGGGAAACUGAGUAUGAAAAAACAUGGGAAGCAAUCCGGGAAGAUGAACACGGUUUGCUUACCUCAAGUUUAGAAGAAAUUGUUCAUAAGUCACGAAGAAAAAGAUUGCUGGAAAAGAAAAACUUAAAAUUAGGCAUGAUGCGUCACCUAUACGUAAUUAUCGAUAUGUCAGAAGCAAUGUCAGAGCCUGAUUUAAAACCUACAAGGUAUCUAUGUACCUUGAAAUUAUUGGAAAACUUCAUCAGCGAAUAUUUUGAUCAGAAUCCUAUCAGUCAGAUAGGUAUUAUAAUAACCAAAAAUAAAAGGGCUGAGAAAAUCACCGAGUUAGCUGGCAAUCCUAAACAACAUAUCAGUACUCUGCAAAGUUAUGCAAAAAAUUCAUGCUCCGGCGAACCUUCUCUUCAGAACGCGUUAGAACUUGCAUCCCAAACUUUGCGUUUUAUGCCAACACACACUAGCCGGGAAAUUCUCGUCAUAUUUGGCAGCUUAACAACUUGCGAUCCUGGUGAUAUCUAUGAAACUAUUGAUACACUAGUUUCACAAAAUAUUCGCUGUUCUGUUAUUGGGUUGGCAGCAGAAUUAGUUGUGUGCCGUAAGAUAACAAAAACCACCCAUGGGACUUAUAAUGUUGUGAUUGAUGACACACAUUUCAAAGAAUUAUUGAAUGAGCAAGUUUCGCCACCACCAGCUACUAGUAGCACGGAAUCGUCUUUAAUCCGCAUGGGUUUCCCAUAUCACCAGAGUAAAAGUGAAGGGAAACCUUCAAUGUGCAUGUGCCAUUUAGAUAGCAAGAUUUCACAUGAAGGCUUUGGUACUGAGGGCUAUUAUUGCCCUCAGUGCAAUGGUAAGUACUGUGAACUUCCAGUCGAGUGUAAAGCUUGUGGUCUGACGCUGGUGUCUGCUCCACACUUAGCUCGGUCAUUUCAUCAUUUGUUUCCUUUGGACUGUUUCAAUGAAGUGCUUGUCUCAAGCUUGACAGCCGAGGCUGAUAAAUAUUGUUAUAGCUGUUUGACGAAUUUCCAAGAGCAAACUGUUUAUCAGUGUGGUACUUGCCUUAAAUAUUUUUGUUUAGAAUGUGAUCUCUUUAUUCAUGAUUCUCUACAUACUUGUCCAGGUUGUUCAAGUUCUAGAAAAACAUGAAAUUGUUUUAUUUUCAGUGUAAAAAUAAA